AUGGCUACGCAAGUGAAAAUGGAGAAUGUAGACAGGAUUAGCAAUUUACCCGAUUCAAUUCUUGGUUAUAUUCUCUCUUUUCUUUCUACAAAAGAAGCUGUUGCAACCUCCCUUCUUUCUUCCAAGUGGAGAUAUCUUUUUGCUUUAGUUUCUAAUCUUGACUUUGAAUUGGACGAAAGUAGCCAAAUGCUUAAAAUUUCCACCAUUAAAAGUUUCAUGUGUUUCGUCGACAGAGUGCUGUUUUUCCAUAAUACGUCAAACAUCAAUGCAUUCCGUCUCAGGUGCGGGAAAAGGGUUGAUUCGGAUCGUGUUUACGGCUGGAUAUCUGCUGCAAUUUGGCGUGGGGUUAAACAUCUUGGUUUAAGCAUCUCUCUUGACAACUUCACUUUGCCUGGUGUUUUGUUUACUUGCACCACACUGAUAACCUUGAAACUGAAGACUAAUCUUGUUUUGAAUGUUCCAAAGGAUGUUUGUUUACCCAAUCUAAAGAUUCUUCAUCUCAAAUCAAUCAUGUUUCCGAAUGAUGAUUCAGUUGAAAGCCUUGUCUCGAGUUGCAUUAGUCUAGUAGAACUGAUCAUUUGUAAUUGCAGCACCAAGAAGUGUAAUAUUUCCCACAAUUCGCUCAAGGUAUUGGAAAUAAUUCGGUCUGUACUUUAUGGUUCCCUAGUGAUUGAUACCCCAGCUCUAGCCUACUUCAAUUACACUUACAGUGUAGCAAGAGAGUAUUCACUCAAGAAUCUGCAGUCUCUUAUCAGAGCCGAUAUUGCUUUUCUAGACAUCAGAUUUGACAGUCAUCAAACUAAAGCAACAGCCUUUUUUGAAGGGAUCUCUAAUGUUAAUAUACUUGUUCUAUCAUCUCCUUCUCUCAAGCUUCUUAAAUGCUGUGAACCUCUUCCAAUUUUUCCCAAGUUGCUCCAUCUGAAUUUGUAUUGUGAUUAUCUCAAUUUUGAAAGGGGAGUUGCAAAUUUACUGACAGAUUCGGGUAGACUACAAUCACUUUUCUUUUAUCAGGAAGCUCUCACCAAUCUCCCAGAAAGAGUGCCUCACUGUAUAUUGUAUCAACUCAAGGUGAUUGAAAUUUCAGGGUUUAUGACUAACAAAGAUUGUAUUGGAAAGGCAAAGUAUUUCCUAGAGAACGCAACAGUACUAAUGAAGUUGAUCAUACGUACAGUACCAUUUCUUUCAGAAGAACAAAAAUCGAGAAUCUACCAACAGUUGAUGGCUUCUCCAAGUAAAUCAAAGCAAUGCUGCAUCUUGGUUGUUUGA